CACAACAAAGAGCAAGCUGCUCGUGUUAGGGAAGGACUGUCUUUGGGUGCGUGUAUGUGUGCGCGCGCGUGUGUGUGCGUCUUUUUUUCCCCAGCUCGGUUGCGGAUUUGCUGGCCGGUGACAUGCCUCCCCCUGCCUGGCUCCUUAUAGCCCCGGGGCGGCAGGAAUUCUGGCCGAGUGGUACGGACAUCGCCGAUAGAGACCGCAAACACGGAGCAUUCCCUUUUAACACGGUCUUAUGACUGAGGGCUCGCUCAAUCAAGCAGUUACUCAAAGAGCGCACAGGAGUACGAAACAGUGACAGGAGAGCUGACAGGGACGUCAGGCUACAUGCAAAUACGUUGACCUGUGACACAGACUGGACUUUAACGGUUACAGAGGAUCAGUUGUAGUGACUAAUUCUGGAGGAACCCCUCAUUACAUCAUCAACAGCCGGCCUUUGACCCUUCGUCGCUGAGACCAUGUGUCGUCUGUCGAUGACCUCGCUCCUCGCCUGUCUCUGGUUGAUGACGGGGAGUUGCCAGGGCAACGGCAGCCUCCAGGACAGCAUGAACCAGCUGCACACAGAGUUUGCCGUCAGCCUCUACCAAAGGCUCACUGAGACGGAGAACAAGUCCAACCUGAUCGUGUCUCCCGUGAGCGUGUCUCUGUCCCUGGGCCUGCUGCAGCUGGGCGCACGCCGCAAUACCUUGGCUCAGCUGGAGGCGGGGCUAGGCUACAACGCCAACGAUGUGCACGUGCAGAACUUCCUGUUGCGGUCGCAGGGGGACGUGGGUAAUUCCAGUCAGGGGGUGCGGCUACGUCACUCCUGCUCCUUAUUCGUCCAAAGCGGCGUCCAACUGCUGACCGAGUUUACCCAGCAUGCAUCAGCCUGGGGCAACAGCAGUCUGGCCCGGGCCAACUUCAGCCAGCCCAACCACACCCUCAGCCAGCUGGACCAGUGGGAACCAAACCAUGGCAACGACGAGACGCUACCCUUUCAGCCUGGUGAGUCCAGGGAGCUGUCGGGCUCGGGCGAGGCCCAGGGCGAGGCCUCCUGGUGGGGUCAGCGACCGCAGAUGGCCCUGGUCACCAAGGUGGCCUUCCAGGGCGUGUGGCAGAAGCAGUUCCUCUUCACCGACACCCAGAACCUUCCCUUCACCCUGUCGGACGGCAGCGCAGUCAAGGUGCCCAUGAUGUACCAGGCCACCGAGGUCAACUUUGGUCAGUUCCGCACCACGGCAGAGCAGCGCUACACGGUUCUGGAGCUGCCGUACCUGGGCCGUGCUCUCAGCCUGCUGGUGGCGCUGCCCAGCGACAGGAAGAGCCCGCUCUCCUCGCUGGAGAGCCACAUCACAGCCCGCAGCGUCGCUGCCUGGGACACGGGCCUCCGCAGGACCAAGAUGGACGUCUUCCUGCCCAGGUUCAGAAUGCAGAACAGGUUCGACCUGCGCUCUGUGCUUCCCUCCAUGGGGAUCAGCGAUGCGUUCAACCCCCUGGCAGCUGACUUCAGUGGGAUGGCAGUUGAAGAGGGUCUUUACGUGUCGGAUGCGUUCCACGAGGCCAGGAUAGAGGUCACUGAGGAUGGGACUAAGGCUUCUGCAGUGACUGCCAUGGUGCUGCUCAAACGCUCUCGUGCUCCCGUCUUCAAAGCCGACCGGCCGUUCUUCUUCCUGCUGCGACAAGUCAGCACAGGAUCCAUCUUGUUCAUGGGACGUGUUGUAAAUCCUGCUGAUCAGGCACCCUAGGACCCAGGACUGUCACCAUACCCUGAAACUUCCCUCAAUCUCUCUCUCUCUCUCUCUCUCUUACACCCACACACCCACCCUGACCUGCCUGAACCCACUACCAGUAUUUAUUGGGGACCAACAGGAGGGUACACAGACACUUCAGGAAGAAGAACAUAAUUUUUUGUACAUAUCUGUAAAUAAAUCUUUUUUAAUACAUCUGUUGUUUUUACACCUAAAGUGUUUUGGUCAUUUCUUUCACCGCCUUUAGGAAAUAGUGCCGCCUUAGCAAAGGCAAAUGAACUAUGGUUUUAAAACAAGCUUUUUUCCUACAUAUUUCUGGAGCUACCCUUGUAUUCGGUCAUCGUUAUAAUGACGCACUCUGCUGUCACUCCACCAAUGAAUGCAAAACUGUCGUGUCACACAAGUGAAGGAGAUAUUUACAGAAUGUUUCACUUUUAUUUACAUGGCCCUUCACAGUGUAAAAUAGAAACUUUAUUCAUGGAAAUACUUACAAAAAGGCCUUCCACUGAACAUUCUCUUUAAAUAGUUCUCUAAAUGUAUUUACAUCUAUACAGCGUAUUCAAAAUACUGUCUUUUGGUAUAACCCCCCGAUCAAAAACAACAAGACAAGUAUGGCAAAGAUUUGGUCCCUGUCUAAACGAUGGGGGGAGAGGAGAGAGCGAGAUGAUGAGAGGGUAACAGUAUCAAAUGUUAGGCAGGUACCUGAACAUAAGACCACUUGAGACCACUGUCCUUCUAGAACACUCCAGAGAGAUGCUUUCAGCACAACAGAUAUGUUCAAUGUAACAAUGAGGCCAUCCUCUAUGGGACAGGGGAACACUGGACUAGUCUAACAGUGUUAUUGCAAACCAUUCUGCUAGUGAGUUCCUGAGCUAUGUUUCCCUGUGUGGAGCAGACUUGACAGUGACACAGCAUCCUGUCAAUCGAACGGUCACAGAAAUAGGGUUUAUGUUUUGUUCGAGGAGUAACUAAACCGUUUAAACUUGUGACUGUGAAAGAAAAGAAGAAUGAGGUUAACUGAAACAGAGGGACUUUUGAUAUGAUUUCAGAGACCAGUAAGAUUUACUGGUUCUUAUUGGUAAACAUCACAGGAGUGUUUCAAUUGGUGGAGUGUUUAAAAAGUAGCAACCAAGGUUAACUUGUAAAAGGAACUCUGCUGGAAAAAGGCAGUUGUUGCCCAGAAAAUGAAAAGGUAGAAGAAGAACAGA